AUGGAGGCCUUGGAAACAGUGGAAUUGGUAGAAGGAGAAGCGAACAAGAUGACCAAGAUAGGAACGACGUUAAGCCCCGAGAUGAGAACAAGACUCAUAAGGUUCCUUAAAGAGAAUCUAGAUGUCUUCGCAUGGAGCCACGAGGACGUGUUGGGCAUAGCUCCAGAAGUCAUCCAGCAUAACUUGAAUGUGAACCCGGAAUGGAAACCCGUCCAGCAAAGACGAAGAACCUUCGCCCCAGAACGAGAUCAAGCAGUUGCAGAGGAAGUUACCAAACUCCUGACGGCAGGGUUCAUCCGGGAGGUGUACUAUCCUGAAUGGCUCGCGAACGUCAUCCUAUUAAAGAAAGCAAACAGAAAAUGGAGGAUGUGUGUAGACUCCACCGACCUGAACAUGGCAUGCCCAAAGAAUAGGUUCCCUCUACCGAGAAUAGACCAGCUCGUGGACUCUACAGCUGGGCACAAGUUACUGACGUUCAUGGAUGCCUUCUCAGGGUAUAACCAGAUAAAGAUGGCUGAGGAAGACCAGGAGAAAACCGCUUUCAUCACAAGUCAGGGACUCUACUGUUACAAGGUAAUGCCUUUUCGAUUGAAGAAUGCUGGGGCUACGUAUCAGAGGUUGGUAAAUAAAAUGUUCAGUCAACAGAUUGGCAGGAACAUGGAAGUAUACGUGGACGAUAUGCUUGUCAAGAGUAAGGAAAAGCUCACACAUCUGGACGACCUGAAGGAGACGUUUGCAACACUCAAAGAACACCAGAUGAGGUUGAAUCCAAGUAAGUGUGUUUUUGGGGUAGCUUCGGGAAAAUUCCUGGGAUUCAUGGUGUCCCAAAGAGGAAUAGAAGCAAACCCAGAGAAAGUGCGAGCCAUCAUCGACAUGAAGUCACCCAGGACCGUCAAGGAAGUUCAAAAACUCACAGGUAGGAUAGUAGCUUUGAACAGGUUCGUCUCCAGGGCUAUAGAAAAAUGCCGGCCCUUUUUCAAGACCUUGAAGCAGGCUUUCGCCUGGACCAACGAAUGCGAAGCAGCGUUCCAGGAACUAAAGCGUUACCUGAGCAAUCCGCCCCUCUUAAGCCCGUCCAAAGAAGGGGAAGACCUAUACUUAUACUUGGCAGUGUUAGCCUCGGCAGUAAGUGUAGCCCUGAUCAGAGAAGAGGGCACGAGGCAGCUCCCAGUUUACUACGUCAACCAAGCCUUCCAAGGGGCCGAGUCCAAGCACCCAAGGAUUGAAAAGAUCGCGUUUGUGUUAAUAGUAGCCUCGCGCAAGCUAAGAACGGCGAUCAAGGCGCAAGCUCUGGCGGACUUCAUCGCAGAGUUCACCCUUCCAGACGAAAACAGACUUACCGACAAAGCAGAUAGAUGGACGAUACAAACUGAUGGUUCGUCAGCCCAGAGGAAGGGGGGAGUAGGGGUCGUUAUAACCACCCCCGAUGGAGAGGUACUGAGAUAUGAGGUCCAACUAAAGUUUCCGGCUACCAACAACGAAGCUGAAUACGAGGGGAUACUGACGGGAUUGAGGCUUGGAAAGGCACUUGGAGCUAAGAACCUGUUAAUCCAAAAUGAUUCAAAACUAGUAAUCGGGCAGAUUAGAGGGGAUUACGAAGCGAAGGAAGAAAGGAUGCAGAAGUACCUCAGGCUGACGAAACACCUAACUCGGGAAUUCGAUACCGUGGAGUUUGUGCAAAUCCCAAGAAGCCAGAAUAUGGGGGCAGACGAAGUCUCGAAGCUAGCGUCAUUAGAAAAAUGGGAGAUUAGCGUGGAUUUGACGAUGGAAAUCCAGAAACACCCCAGCAUUGAAGAGGUCUCGACAUUCGCCAUCCAGAGCGCCAACAGCUGGAUGACACCUAUAAUGUCCUUCCUCCAGGACGGGCACCUCCCUCAGAACACAGAAGAAGCUAAAAAGGUCAAGAAGAGGGCAGCCAGGUUCACAAUCCUUAAUGACGCCUUAUACAAGAGAGGCUUCUCCAUGCCUUAUUUGAAGUGUGUCGACAAAGAAGAGGCUAGAUACAUAUUGGAAGAAAUCCAUAGAGGAGUUUGCGGCGACCACGCUGGCCCUAGAUCCCUGGUGAACAAGGUAAUACGGGCAGGAUAUUUCUGGCCAACUAUGCAGGUGGACGCUGUUGAGAUCGUCAAGAGGUGCGACAAGUGCCAGCGAUACAGGAACAUACAACGGCUUCCAGUAGAGAAACUGACGACCAUAUCCUCCCCGUGGCCAUUUGCACAGUGGGGGAUCGACAUCGUCGGCCCACUACCCCAAGGUAAAGGUCAGAUUAUCAAAACCAAGCUGGACGACGCGAAGGGUGCCUGGCUAGAAGAAUUACCUAACGUCCUGUGGGCUUAUAGAACCACAGCAAGAACCCCAAUAGGAGAGACCCCCUUCAGGCUUACCUAUGGCACGAAAGCAGUAAUCCCAGUCGAAGUGGGAGUAACAAGUGUCAGACGAGGGACAUUCAAGUUAGAGUGCAAUGACGAUGAACUGCGACUCAACCUGGACUGUCUGGACGAAGUAAGAGACAACGCAUCCAGUAGGAUGACGAAGUACCAGUUGAAGAUGGCCGAAUACUACAAUAAGAGGGUUAAACUCAGACGACUGGAUAUAGGAGACCUCGUCCUGCGCAAGACCACCAUAGCAACUAAAGACCCUGCCCAAGGAAAGCUGGGUCCCACAUGGGAAGGGCCUUACCGAGUUACUCACUACUCAAGACAAGGCAGUUACCACCUUGAAACCAUGGACAGACAAAGACUCCCUCGACCAUGGAACAUCAAGCAUUUAAAAAAGUACCACAAGUAG